CGUCGCUUCCUGAAAAGAAGCAUUUGGGUGGUUUCGGCCAAGGGUGACUUCUUGUAAUACUUUCAAAGCCAUGCGUUGGGCGUGUGUUGGAGUCGUACCCAACGCGUGGAAGGGUUGUACCUCCGUCUCAGUCUCAGGAGGGUCUCGAUUUGCUCGAUGCGUCGUCAGGGGAAGGCGAUGGGGGGUUUCUACUGGGGCUCGGCACUGCUUCUCUACCCUCGUUCGCUGAUACUACUCAGGUUGCCACAAUGGGUACUGGCUGAAUCGUUUUAUCGUUUGGUCUUCAUGUGGGGUCUAAAGUAUUUGCUCUCUCUCUUUCCCACCUUCGUCUGUUCCUUUUGUUCUCAACUCGCCUUCUCUGGACCCCCUUUCCCACGGUCUUCCCCUGUCUUUCAUUUCAAUAUUGUAUAAAUUUUUGGUUGUUUUUUGUAUUCAUACUUAUCCACCUGGUGUGGUCUUUUCGUUCAUUCUCUUCAACGGUUAGCCGCGCCUAGCCAUACAACAGCCACCAUGCAUUCAAAACUCUAUAGCCUCAUCCUUGUCACCGUCUUUGCCGCCUUCGUUUUAGCCAUCCCGACGCCCUCAACAUCACGAAUCCAAAAGCGCUCGUUCAAGGUCCACCGGAAGCGAAACCCAGACUUCAAGGGAUAUGAUGGACCAACCCAGCUCAUGAAGGCGUAUCAAAAAUUUGGCAUGACUGUCCCCGAGGGACUGCACUUGUCUGUAGGGAAUCGUCAUAGGAAGGACAAUAACCAUGGCGCUGGGAGAGGAAAUGGCACCGCAACUGCAGCUGGCACUGCGGCUGGAGCUGGCACUGCGGCUGGAAAUGGCACCGCAAUUACAAAUGGAACUGUACAAGCCGCUGCCCCCCAGGUAAGCGGCGUCGGCAACGUCACCGCCACACCCGUCGAGCCCAAUGACCUCGAGUACAUAGCACCCGUUACCAUUGGUGGGCAGUUAAUCGAUAUGAACUUCGACACUGGCUCCUCGGAUCUAUGGGUGUUCAAUACGCAGUUAAGCGCACGGAGCAGCCAAGGCCACACACUCUACGACCCCACCAAGUCCCCAGACUUCAAGCUCAUCCGAGGAGCCACAUUCGAUAUCUCCUACGGCGAUGGGUCUGGCGCCGCCGGCAAUGUUGGCACCGACACCGUUGACAUUGGCGGAGCAACCGUGACGGGCCAGGCCAUUGAGAUGGCCACCAUCGUCUCCAACUCCUUCAUCCGGGAUACCAACUCCAACGGGCUCGUCGGCCUCGGCUUUUCCAAAACCAACACCGUAAAGCCGCAAAAACAGAAAACCUUCUUCGACAACGCCAUGGGCACCCUCGCGCAGCCGGUCUUCACCGCCGACCUUCGCCAGGACGCCGUCGGCGCCUAUGAGUUCGGCAAGAUCGACACCGCGCGCUUCACCGGCGACCUGACAUGGGCGCCUAUCGACUCCUCGCACGGAUUCUGGGAGUUCAAGUCGACUAAGUUCAGUGUUGGGAACGGGGAGGUGCUUAACGCUAUUGGCGGGACUGCAAUUGCGGAUACGGGCACCACGCUGAUGCUCGUCAACGCCGCUAUCGUCAACGCGUACUACAGCCAGGUCGCCGGCGCUGUGAACAACGCGCAGGUGGGCGGGAUCACGUUCCCGUGUAACUCGGUGCUGCCGGAUCUGAAUAUCGAUGUUGGCGGGACGUACACGGCGACCAUCCAGGGCAAGUUCAUCAACUUCGCCCAGGUGAACGUGGAUACUUGCUUUGGCGGUGUUCAGCGCACGACUGGUCAUCUCCAGAUCUACGGUGAUAUCUUUUUCAAGUCGCAGUUUGUCGUCUUCAACGGCGGGAACAACACGAUCGGCCUCGCGCCGCAUGCUUAAGAGUGUAGAAUUGAAGAGAUCAAGCAAUGUUUUAGAAUCUGUACUGCAUUUUUGGACGUGGUGGCGAUUUAUUGUCGAGGGUCGCUUUGGGGAACGUUGAAUUAGUGGUGGAGUGGGGAGCGAGCCGGCCGUUCCGAGAUGAGGUCCUGGAUCUGUCCUACCUUAUGUUGAGCCUGGAUGCUACAAAAUGGCUGAUCUAUAUAUCAUGAAUCAUAAAGGCACAAGUUUGAAGUCUGCCUUCGUUGGAAUAUAAUUUUUCUAUGGCACUAAGUGAACGAAAACUUACCGCUACAGACAUCAGCUCAAUCGUUUAUGGAAAAGCGGAUACUGCCGAGUAGGAGAGGAAGAAUAAGACUGUAACGAUGCAAGCAAUACUUAACCCGGCCAGCCAUCAUAUAGUCUGCGAUUUUGUUUCCCGGAUACGCUGCUGCCGCAUGCUCUUGCUGUGAUUUAAAGUUAAAACGUGGAUUAUGGACGUCUUUACUGGUGGGCUGCGCCAACUCACG